AUGCCUUUUUAUACUUCCUCGACGUCACCUUCAAUAUUCCCUUCAAACAAUGGAAUCAAAUGGAAUCAUAGAAUUUCACAAUUCGAGUUUUUUGAUGAAAUUAUUCAGAGUGGAAAGUCAGUGUAUAGGAGAAGAUCCGAAAGGAUGGGACUUUUGGGGCUUAAUGUCCUUGGAGGUGGCCUUAGUAUUGGAUAA